AGCCCGGCUCCAGGAAGUAAUCCAGGUUUUGUGUUAGUAACAAACACAAGCCAUAUAGUGAGAAUUAAACUUGGUAAACAAUAUCUCUAUUUUCCAAACAACAUACAGCAAUAAUUAACGCAUUUGCCUUUUUAUUAGUCGGACACAAGGAUGCCACCUAAAAGGCGUAGUGCCGGGACGAGCCAAAACAAGCAGACGAAAAAGACAGCUGAAAGUUCAUCUUCGGACAUCAAACAGAGCCCAGAGCACAGAGACAAGGAUGCUAAUUUUGUUACCAUGUGCCAGAGCCUCCAUGUGUCUGAUACGGUGUGUGACCGUGCCUGGAAGCUGUACAAAACUGUUCAGGAGUCCCUGGAUGAACCUGCUGAAAAUCAGAAAAGGCUUUGGGGAGCGUGUGUCUUUGUGACUGUGACCGACAUGGAUGUUGCCUCUUUCACCAUAACUCAGGUUCUAAAAGCAGUCAGCAUGAAUGUCAAGCAGUUUGUGGUUCUGGUUCGGAAGUUGGAUGUCAACUUAGACACAAUAAGCACCAAGGUGAAUUCCACCCUGACGCGCAUGGAGAACAAAUAUGACGUCUUGCUGGCUCUCUACCAGAGGUUUGAGAAGACCUGCAGAUAUAUAUUUACUUUGCCCACUGAGGAGAUGGAGAAGGAGAUUAUACGAAGCUGCUGGACGAUGUUUCUUUUGGCCAAAGGAAGGGCCUUGCAGAUGGAGGAUGACCUGGUCUUAUCGUUCCAGUUGCUGUUGUGCACGCUAGAGUUGUUCAUCAAACGAUGCCCACUUGAACUGCUCCAGCCUCUUUACCAAUCAGCCAUCAGCAAAGUUCAGAGCCCCGUGACUCGAACGUCUCGUCGCAACCAGAACAACGCCAAAGCUCGACCUCCCGAGCCAGAAGUGGACAUGCAACUUCUUGAAACCUUGUGCAAGAAGAAUGAAUGCAAUACAGAUGAGGUUAAAAAUGUUUAUCAGACCAGUUUCUCUGCCUUCUUGAGCUCUAUGGAUCUUCCCGAAUCUUCAGGACUUCCUCAGGUCAAUAGCCUCAACCAACUGUAUGAAGAGCACUACCUCAAGAGUGGAGACAUUGAUGGACGACUUUUUUUGGACAGCGAUGAGACGCUUUUUGCGCCUAAAAAGCAAACAGAACAAAUGGACAGAACGCAAAAGAAGAACCCACUAGAUGAGGAUGCAGUGGUCAUUCCUCCUCCUCAGACUCCCAUCAGAGCUGCUAUGACCUCCAUUCAGCAGUUGAGGGGUGACCUCACCUCUCGUGGCGACCAACCGUCUACCAACUUGGCCACUUAUUUCCAGAACUGCACCGUGGAUCCGACUCAGGAUGUACUAAAGCGCUUGGAGACAUUGGGACUGACAUUCAGUCAGAGAUUUGCCAAGGCAGUCGGUCCACGCUGCAUUGUUCUUGGCAAACAGAGAUUUACCCUUGGUGUCAAACUCUACUACAAAGUCAUGGAGGCGAUGCUAAAAUCGGAAGAGAUACGACUGUCCGUCCAAAAUUUCAGUAAACUCCUCAAUGACUCAACAUUCCACACCUCGCUUUUGGCCUGUUCUCUAGAGGUUGUCAUGGCAACAUAUGGAGAGAGCAGUUUUAAGACAGGGGGAUACAAUCACGGACGCGGUGGUGACCUGGCCGAAACAGACCUGUGCUUCCCUUGGAUUUUGAACGUUUUGAACCUCACCGCCUUUGACUUUUACAAAGUAAUCGAGAGCUUUAUCAAAGCUGACCCGACUCUCAGCAAAGACAUCAUCAAACAUUUGGAGACCUGCGAGAACCUUAUCAUGGAGCGCAUCGCAUGGAAGACGGACUCUCAUCUCUUUGAGCUCCUGAAGCAGGAGCAUGAAAGUGGUGCCGUGGAACAGACGGAGACUCCGGCUAGUUUCAGCCAACCACUACAGCACAACCACACUGCCGCUGACCUGUAUCUCUCUCCUGUCCGCCCGGGCCUUCGCACCGUGCCUCCUGUGUCCCCCGCCAAUCCAGACUCUCCAGCUGCUCCUCCACCUCCACCUCCACCACCCAACCAGCCUGUCUCGCAAUUUGCCGGCCAGAACGCUCGGCACCCGAGAUCCAACUCUCUCAGCCUCUUCUAUAAGAAAUUGUAUCGUCUAGCCUACACCAGGCUAAAGAUGCUGUGCUCCUAUCUACUGUCCUCCCAUCCUGAGCUGGAGCCCAUCAUCUGGACUCUCUUCCAGCACACCCUGCAGCAAGAGUACGAGUUGAUGAGAGACCGUCACCUGGACCAGCUGAUGAUGUCAGCUAUGUACGCCAUCUGUAAAGUGAAGAGUGUUGAGUUGCGCUUCAAGACUAUUGUGUCAUCAUACAAGAACAUGCCCAACACCAGCCAGGAGACCUUCAAGCACGUGCUGAUCACAGAGGGCCACUAUGACUCCAUUAUUGUAUUCUAUAACGACGUGUUCAUGCAGAGGCUGAAAACAAACAUCCUGCAGUAUGCUUCCCAAAGGCCGCCUACCCUUUCUCCAAUCCCAC